UCAACUCUAACCCAGACUAGUUACCCUGAUGCAGCCGUCGCUAGCUAAACAAACAUGUUACCGAUAUAUUAUCAGACAACGAACUUAAUGAUACGUAGACAAAUGAAAAGGGGAAUAUGCGACGAUUAAUAAGAAACGUGCCAAGUCUAAAGCUGUAGAUGUAGAGCUGAUAUAUUAAGUUGGUUAAUGUAGUGUAGCCCUUUGUGACCGUGUUUACACAUUUCUGGCUUUCAGUUUGCUUAUGUAAGCUAGCAAAAUGGACCUUGGAACAAUGUUGUACAACAAUUUGAAAGAUGUUACAUGGAGCACGACGUCCUUACCAUUAGAUCAACUUGUCAGUGCUUAUAGGUUGCCUCAAAUUGUCAAGCUGGAUAACGGUCAGUUGGUUGAAGGGCUCAGAGACAAUGACUACCUCUUGAUUCAUUCCUGCCGUCAGUGGACGACUAUCACUGCUCACAGUCUGGAGGAGGGACACUAUGUCAUUGGGCCCAAAAUAGAGAUCCCUGUGCACUAUGAAGGUCAGUUUAAGCUACUGGAGCAGGACAGAGAUGUCAAGGAACCUGUGCAGUACUUCAACAGCGUGGAGGAGGUGGCCAAAGCGUUCCCCGAGAGGGUGUACGUCAUGGAGGAAAUCACUUUCAAUGUUAAGAUGGCUUCGGGUGAAUGCAAUGAAGACACUGAAGUUUACAACAUUACACUAAGCACCGGUGAUGAACUGACAUUAAUGGGCCAGGCUGAGAUCCUAUAUGCCAAGACUUCCAAAGAAAAAUCAAGAUUCAACACUAUUUUUAAGAAGAUUGGGAAGCUAAACUCCAUCAGUAAAAUUGGUCGGGGCAAGAUGCCCUGCUUGAUUUGCAUGAACCAUCGCACCAAUGAGAGCAUCAGCCUGCCUUUCCAGUGCAAAGGCCGGUUCAGCACCUGUAGUCCACUGGAGCUUCAGAUGCAGGAUGGCGAGCACACCAUCAGGAACAUUGUGGAGAAAACCCGCCUCCCGGUCAAUGUCACUGUACCCAGCAGUCCACCCCGCAACCAGCACGACCUCCACCUCAUCCGUGAGGGUCAUCGCUACAAAUUGGUCAACAUUCAGACGAAAACAGUGGUUGUGUGCUUAAUUCUGCGGAGCAACAAAAUUAUCCCCAUCCAUUUUCCAUUUCAUAUGGCCAUGCCUAGAUUUAUUAUUCCAGAGGAACUGCUGCAGGGAGAGUUGUGGCUAGACACUAUGGUACAUCGCUGGUUCUCUUUCUGCCAGGAGCAGUUUGACAUAGACGACUAUUCUCGUGCCGUCCGGGAUGUGCGGACAGACUGGAACGACGAUGGCAAGAGCCCUAAGAAAAGCAGUGGGAAUGGUAGUUGCAGUGGAAGCAGCGGAGGCAGCAGCAGCUCCAACGGGUGUCUCAACCACAUGCAGAUUCCCAGCUCUUUAACUUACGCCCGGGAUGAACUCACCCAGUCCUUCCACCGACUAUCUGUGUGUGUGUACGGCAGCAACCUGCACGGUAACAGCGAGGUCAAUUUGCAAGGCUGUAUGACACUCUGUGGAGAUUGGGCUCUUCUGCCCUCCGAUAGCAUCCCUGCAGACUCAGGAGAAAGUGAACACUUUUUCCCCGAGCUGUUGGAUUGCACAAACCAACAACCAGCCCUCAACAAGUCAGACGUUCCCUAUGAGGAGCUGUGGUUGGAUCACUUGAGAGGUCAGAUCCCAAAACCUUCUUUAAGCGAGGGAAUUCGAGGCAUCAACAAUGGCUGUGGUACAACAGCUGCCCUGUCAUAUCCGGUCACUUGUCCUCUUGGUGCAAUAACCAGUUCAGAUGUGGCUCUUACUCCACCACCAGUCCCACCCAAGUCUGAAGCAGUGAAGGAAGAAUGCCGUCUUUUGAAUGCCCCACCUAUUCCUCCACGAAGUUUGAAACAGAUGCCAUCAGUGCCCAUCCUGUCAAAGCCACGGCAGCAAGAGACCCGGUCUCCAAGUCCAACCCUCUCCUAUUAUUCUUCUGGUCUCCACAACAUUAGUGGAGCAUGUGAGCAAGAGGCGGCCGAACCACAAGAGCAAAGUGGCGUGUGUUACCCCUGUAACUGGGGUAAAUCCAACAGUACUGAGCCAAAUGCUGUGUCGCCCAGUGGUAGCCUGCCAUCGGAUGGGAUGUCCUCCAGGUUGUCGUGGCCAAAUAACUUCAGUGGAGGAGAAUUGUACGGCAUGGAGGAAUUUCAGCCAGCCAGCUGUCGAAGCUACUACAGUUAUCCCAGAAAGAGAUCCCCGAGCACUCCAAAAACCUGUACAUCCAGCCUUGUUGACUUCGAUGGUCGAGAGCACGCACCCAGCAGCAAGGACUUCAGGUUGCAGAAAGCUUCUCUGAAUCAGUUCUGCACCAAAUCUUCAAGUUACAAUUCAGAAAUGUACAGAGACAAGCCAAUAGAAGAAUCUAACACUAAGCAGAGCCUCUCGUGCCCAAUCUUACCACCAAGAACACCGAAAUCGAAUGCCAUAGAUAAGUUCACAGAUUUGCUGGCAGGAUCAAUCUGUGAUAGUGAGCAGGAAAGUUCAUAUUGCUCACUUGAUCAACAUGAGCAGGGCACAAAAGAGAUGUAUUGCAUCUCUGACUCAUUAACUCCCAGCUGUCCAUCCUUUUCUCCCACUGCACAGUGGCAGCCCCCGUCCAGUCUGGCUGGUCUUUCUAUUGAGGAGGUGUCUAAAUCUCUAAGGUUUAUUGGCCUGCCAGAUGACAUUGUUUCUCUUUUUGUGUCUGAGAAGAUUGACGGGAAUUUACUCCUGCAGCUCACUGAGGAGAUUCUGUCUGAGGACUUUAAGCUAAGCAAACUGCAGGUGAAGAAACUCAUGCAGUUCAUAAAUGGGUGGAGACCCAAGAUAUAACUAACAGUAUAUGACACUAAACCCUGUUAUAAAGCAGAGAAAGACAUGCCUUCAGUAUAUAUGCUAUGCACACCAAGCCACAAAGAUUUUUUUUGUAUAAUAUGAAUUUAUGUCCUUGUUACUAUAUGGGGGGGGGGGGAUAGUUGGGUGAUAUUUCUCAGCCCACUUAAAAUCUGUGACUGUUAUUUACUUACUAAGUGGAAUCAUUUGGCACUUUCAUGUCGGCUACAAAAGUACCUUUUUGCCCAAAGCCUACUAGUGUUCAUGUUGUUACACAAAUUCUAAUUUCAGCCAAAAAACAAUGGAAAACAUGUGAUCUGCUUGAUGAGAACAUUGUAUGAAGAGCACAAAAACUAGAGCAUGGACUAUUGUAUAUGUUGAUUAUAUACCACAUGAAAAAACAAUGUAAAAAAACAGUUUGAUUUUACAGUGGAGACGCAGGUGGACAUUUAGUUAAAGUGUUUAAUAAUAAUAGGCUUACAUCCCAGGAAUUCAAUUACAUGGCGUAUGCAGUGUUUUUAGUUUUUAAUUAAUUAAUUAAUUUGUUCCCUUUUCACACGAUCAGGGAUGUGAUAGAUGUUGCAGCAAGUGCAUUUCUGAACAUGAAUCAAAACAGACAUAACCGGCAUCAAGACAUGCUUGUGUUCUUUUAAAAAAUCUACCCUUUUGAGCUUCCUCAGCUUGAUCUGAUGCGUCUGAUGUACAGCUCAUUAGAAAAUUAAUUGGAAAAAUGAGACGAGAGCUGUGACAUUAUUGAAUAUGAUUUUAUUUUACCGCUCUAAGUAGAUGAUGAAGUCCUUUUUGAAGACAGGCAUUUUGGAUAAAAACAAAAACAUCAGCAGGUGUCAGUCUGAUAUCAGGUAAAAGUGAGCCAGAUCAAACGAUUAUUAUGGUCUCUCGUGUAACAAGAUGUCGUAUUUGUCAACUCUCCUCAUCAAGGUCUUAUUUUUAUUUGAUGCCUCUCGGCAACAUCUAAAACGUUGCCGCUAAAAACAACUUGAGGUUAUUUAUAACUGAAAUAGACCGACUGAAUCCUAACAACAUGAUGACCUUGCUCGUAAACUAACAUUGAAAUGACCAACAGAGACAAUGGACCACGAUAUUCUACAUAAAAUACAAAUUAUGCAUCAUGCACUUUGGUAGAUUUCAGCCUAAUUAAGUGAAAUUAAAAAGAAGAGUGCCUGUGUAGAGAGUCAAUGCACUACAUGCUUUUUCAAAACUAAAAUGGUACUUGUUCUUUGUUCUCAUCCUUUGUGUUGUGUCCUCUGAUGCGCGAAACAAGAAAAAAAGAAGAAAAAAAAAGCAUUUCUGCGCCUUAACCCAGAGACCUUAAAAUAUAUAAUAUUUCACUUUGGCUUAACAUUUUCAUGUAGUCAGCCUCUUGGCUUGAAUAUAUACUCUAACAUUAACAUCUGUACAUGGCGAUCAGGGGAUGAUGCAUUUCCCCGGGACUCUGAGAGGCAUGAAAGCUAAAAUUGAAAUUUAUAUUUAUAUUGGUACCAAACAUCUGUUUUCUAGAUUGAGAGUUGAUUUAUUUAUGCAGCUAUUUAACUCAUUUAAUAUGCAAAAAUAUGCAGAAUAGUUAUUGUCAGACUGUUGGUAUUGCUGAUAUAUGAAGGUGCCUCAGCAACAACAGCCUUUCCACAACCCAGGUCUGAUCUGUUGGCCAACAGCUGUUUACUGGGAUGUUACAUAUUUUACUUGAUAUUUUUUAUGCAAGUGCAAAUGUAUUGUAAUUUUUUAAAAGGAAGUGAUUACUAAUGUUGAAUUUAUUUUUUAUUGAGAAACAAAGCUUAUGUUCAAAUUUCUGUUUCUACUUUUUAUUUUGUACAACUUGGGUUUUACUUGGGUUUAUAAAUCCAUGCUUUAAAAUAACACUUUGAGGAAAACCCUGCAAGGUUCAGUCACACUACAUGGACAAUGACCAAAAAUAUGAUAUUAGUAAGACUCUUGACCAGGUAAUUUUCCUGAAUUCCUUGUAACUUUGUCGCAGUAUUCACAUUUUUUUUAUAGAGAAUGACAUGCGUCUCUUGACAUUAUUACUGCAUUCGGUGGUUUAUGUCCUAUGCAAUACAGUGCAAAGAGACAAAGGGAAGGAAUAAAUAAGUAAUGGAGUAUUAUGUGUAUUGAAAUUGCCACAGUGCAAAUUUCAGGGGAAAAAAUUUGUUCGUGCCAAAGGCAUUCUCCUAAAUAAUUCUGAGACAACUGACCCAGUCACAUUAGUACACCAUCAUUAAGCAGUUAAUACUAAAGCAUAGUCCAUCCUGAUCAUCCCUAUCACCUUUGGAUUUAGGCCUGCAUGAAUUAUUGCCAUUUCUUUUGCAAAUACGGAGGGAAAUGACUGUGACACUGGGUUUGAUAGCUUUUGGAAUACUAUUAGUCAGCAUUUUUGAAAUCUUGAGUUAUGGACAGUUAUCUUUCAACUCAACUUUUGUUUCCCAAUUUUUGAUUGUAUAAUCUAUUAAAAAUGGAUUAACCGAU